UGCGGCACGGGAGCGCUCCCCUCUGUAGUCCGCUCUCGGUUGAGGACAGGAGGCAUGACGCUGGAUAUGUUUCACUCCUGUGAAUAUGAGACAACUUGAAAUCUUCUUCUUGUGUUUCGUCGUGAGCAGUAACCCCACGAACUAAUGGGGCUGAUUCUGCUGAGCCUGAUUCUUCGGUACUGGAUCAACACCGUGGAGGGAUCAUGUUCAGCUGGCAGCGCCGUGACUUGUGACGACUGUCUGCGGCUCAGUUCUCACUGUGCCUGGUGCACGCAGGAGAAUUUUACAGACUGGUUUUCAGUCAGCGAAAGAUGUGACACACUGGAGAUCUUAUUAGAAAAGGGAUGUGCCAGGGGCCAGCUGGAGUUCCCUGUCUCCAAAGGUCAAGUCCUGCAGGAUCACCCACUCGGGAAGAAGACUGGCAAUGUCAACAGCACUCAGAUCUCCCCGCAGAAAAUGGCACUCAAGUUGCGACCUGGCAGUCAGGUGACAUUCCAGGUCAAGAUCCAACACACAGAGGACUAUCCUGUGGACAUCUACUACCUCAUGGACCUGUCAGCAUCCAUGUUCGACGACCUGAAGAUGAUCAAAGACCUGGGCUCCACUCUGUCCAGGGAGAUGGCCAACCUCACCAGUAAAUUUCGAAUGGGCUUUGGCUCUUUUGUGGAGAAGCCCGUCCUGCCCUUCAUCAAGAUCACAGAAGAAGAGCUGGUCAACCCCUGCAGCGGCAUAGGCUUAACCUGCCUGCCGACUUUUGGAUAUAAACACGUCUUGUCUCUGACGAGCAGCACUGACAAAUUCAACGAGAUAAUCGCCAUGCAGCGUGUGUCUGCCAACGUCGAUGUGCCAGAGUGUGGCUUUGACGCCGUCAUGCAGGCAGCAGUCUGCGGGGAAAAGAUAGGCUGGAGGAAUGACUCGAUGCGUUUGCUGGUGUUUGUCAGCGAUGCUGACUCACACUUUGGGAUGGACAGUAAGAUGGCCGGCAUCGUGAUUCCCAACGACGGGCAGUGUCACCUGGAUGUCAACAACGAGUACUCCAUGUCCACAGUGCAGGAGUAUCCAACUCUUGGUCAGCUGAUUGAUAAGUUGGUGGAGAACAAUAUCUUACUGAUAUUUGCCGUGACAGAAAAUCAGAAACCCAACUAUAAGAACUAUGCAAACCUCAUACCUGGCGCCACAGUUGGAGUCCUGGCGACAGAUUCGCGGAACAUCCUGGAACUGAUUGUAACGGCGUACAAAGAACUGCGUUCAGAGGUAGAGCUGGAGGUCCUUGGAGACACAGAAGAGCUCCAAAUGUCCUUUACAGCCAUUUGUCCAAACGGGACUGUGCUCACUGAUCUAAAACGCUGCUCCAACAUCAAACCUGGAGAGACGGUAGUGUUCAACGUGUCCGUGGCGCUCCCAGGGUGCCUGUCAGGAGUUCGGCACUUCUCCCUCAAACCGGUGGGCUUGCAGGACAGUCUAGAGGUGGAACUGGAGUCUCUUUGCUCGUGUGACUGCCGGCAACCUCCUGAAGCAAACAGCAGCCAGUGCACCGAGGGCCAAGGGGCUUUCCAGUGCGGCGUGUGCGUGUGCCAGCCGGGGUUCCUGGGAGCACAGUGCGAGUGUAAUGAGGAAAGCGCUUUGUUGGGUAACUGCCUCGCAAACAACAAGUCCGAGAUAUGCAGCGGUCAGGGGCAGUGCUACUGUGGGCAGUGUGUGUGUCAUGCGUCCAGUUUUGGACUCAUCUAUGGACCUUACUGCGAGUGUGACAAUUACUCCUGUGUUCGCUUCCGUGGGGAGCUCUGCGGAGGCCACGGAGUGUGUGACUGCGGGGAGUGUCACUGUGAAAGCGGCUGGACGGGGGAGUACUGUAACUGCAGCACCAGCACCGAGGCGUGCGUGUCAGAGGAUGGCGCUGUCUGCAGCGGCCGGGGGAGAUGUGAGUGUGGCCACUGUGUGUGCUCUGUACCUGGAGCAUCUGGGGACAAGUGUGAGAAGUGUGCUACAUGUGGAAACGCCUGUAGCUCUGCAAGGACCUGUGUAGAGUGCCAUCUGGAAGAUAAGGACGAUGCUGAGCUGUGUGAUCAAAAGUGCAGCGUCCCUAAAAUUUCCAUCAACACAACAGCAGAUUAUGACAAGGGCCCAUCUUUGCAGUGCACGCUGAUGACAGAGAACGAGUGCUGGAUCUCGUUUAAUGUGGCCGGAGAAGAGACGGGGAUCACUGCCUUCAAUCUCCAGAUUUACGGUUGCCCGGAGCCUCCCAACAUCCCCAUGAUCAUUCUGGGGGUCUCCCUCUCCAUCGUGUGUAUCGGCCUGAUCCUGCUGGGCGUGUGGAAAGUGCUGGUGUCGGUCCACGACCGUAAAGAGGUGGCCAAGUUUGAGGCUGAGAGAUCGAAGGCAAAAUGGCAGUCGGGGACCAACCCUCUGUUCAGAAGCUCAACGUCUACGUUCAAAAAUGUAACUUAUAAGAAAGAAAGAGAAAAGAUCAUGCCACACAAUCACUACUGAUGCUAAACUGGAGGAAAAGCGAAGCAACAUCUGAAUGCACUUAAACGUGUGUGUGUGCCUGUGUGUGUGUGUGUGUGUGUGUGUUUGUGCGUGCGUGCGUGAAGCAAAGAGCAAGAGACGGAGAGAGAAAAUUUUGUACUGGAAAUUCUUUUGUAUGAAUCUCUGUGUUGAUUCGGAGAUGUUGUGUAACAGUGGACGACACUGUGAACAGACAAACGCUAAAUGAUGAAUCUGACACUGUAAAAAGUGCACUGCCGAUGGACUGUUCAGUGCUGCACGUUCCUGUUGUAUGAUCCUACAAACUUUUUUUGUCUACUGUAGUCUACUGUACUGUACGUUUUUGUCUACUGUAACAUGCAGCUUGGAAAGCAGGAGUCUACACUACACUACUAAGUGGUCUACUACUGAAAAAAAUGUGUUAUUUUAAUGAAUGUAAAUAUGCAGGUGGAUGAUUAUGAUGGGUUUUUUUAAACUGUGUUUGUCGUUUUAUUGUAAAGCAAGGCUGAGCCUUUGAUGUUGAUGAUGAGUUUUUAGUGGCAUGGAGCAAAAAUAAAGUUGAAUUUCGA